GUGGUUGCGCUCAGCCAACGGACCAAGGAAGCCGAGGCAGCGUUCCUGAGCGUCUACAAGCAGUUACUCAAAGGCCCAGCAGAUCCUGUGCCCUCCCUCGAAGGGUGGCACCAGCCCCUCCACUGCCUCGGCCCCGAGAAACCCCCCUUGAAGGAGCUGAACAGGCCCUGGAAGAAGGAGCUGCUCUCCCCGAAAGAGCAAAAAGAAGGGACCCUCCCUGGUGGACUGGCGGCUUCAGAGGCCAAGCUUGCUGGGAUCAACAACAAAGCCUUGCUGACCGACUCGUUGCUGCAGAGGAAUGAGGUUGAGAGGCAAAAGGGUCUUCAAGAAGCCCAGUUCACUUUGGCCAGCCGGCUGGGGGAAGCAGAAGAGAAGAUCAAAGUCCUGCAUUCAGCGCUAAAGGCGACGCAGACGGAGCUGGUUGACCUGCGGUGUAAAUACGACGAGGAGGCCGCUUCCAAGACAGAUGAAGUGGCCAUGAUUAUGACAAAUCUCGAAAAAGCCAACCAGAGAGCGGAGGCUGCCCAGAGGGAGGUGGAGAAUCUGCGGGAACAGCUUGCCGCUGUAAACAGCUCCCUCCGCUUGGCUUGCUGUUCUCCCCAAGGACCAAGUGGGGACAAAGUGAAUUAUUCUUUGUGUCCGGGACCACGGCUGGAGGCUGCCCUCGCCGCCAAGGACCGGGAAAUCCUUCGGCUUCUCAAGGAAAUCCAACAUUUGCAGAACUCCAUGCAAGAAAUGGAGGACUCUUCAGCCAAUCAGAUUGCAGACCUUGAGAGGCAGCUGGCAGCCAAAAGCGAGGCCAUCGAAAAGUUGGAAGAAAAACUUCGUACUCAAUCAGAUUACGAAGAGGUCAAGACAGAACUGAGCAUUUUGAAAGCGAUGAAGCUGGCCUCCUCCGAGUGCAGCCUGUCCCAGAGCAUCUCAAAAAACCCCGAUGCCCUCUUCCUGGGAAAAGAUUCCUUCUACCCAUCCCGGAAGUAUCUCUUGGAGAAACCAAACCUCACCACCAAUCCUGAGGAGGACGCCUCGGAAGACGAGUCGGUGAAGGACUCCAUGGGCCCCGAGCAACCUUACCCGUCUCCCCAGCAGCUCCUGCAGCCGCCCAGGGAAGACUCCACUUCCCCUCCGCUCCUCCAGCCCCUGCUGGCUCCCACGGUGGCCCCGGAGGUACUGGGGGACUUCGCCUUUGCGUCUUCGGGGGCCAGGGUGCUGGCCAAUCCCCGAGCCUGAGACUCCCCUCUCCCCACACAGAUGGGUCCCCCAGGCUACAAGAGCGAGAACAGCAGCACGGGCAGCUUCCCCUCCGCCUUCUACGCCGCCCAGGGGCUGGUGGUGCCCGCCAACUCCAACGACGGGAGCCCCCCGAGUGACCCGUCGGAAGGCAGCAACCCCGGCUCAGCCGACGAGGAGCAGCUGGACACGGCGGAGAUCGCUUUCCAGGUGAAGGAGCAGCUGCUGAAGCACAACAUCGGCCAGCGCGUCUUCGGACAUUACGUCCUGGGCCUCUCGCAGGGUUCGGUCAGUGAGAUCCUGGCGCGGCCCAAGCCCUGGCGCAAGCUGACCGUCAAAGGGAAAGAGCCCUUCAUCAAGAUGAAGCAGUUCCUCUCCGACGAGCAGAACGUCCUCGCGCUGAGAACUAUUCAGGUGCGCCAGAGAGGAAGCAUUACGCCACGGAUUAGGACUCCGGAAACCGGCUCAGACGACGCCAUCAAGAGUAUCUUGGAGCAGGCCAAGAAAGAGAUCGAGUCCCAGAAAGGAGGGGAGGCAAAGAGCACCUGCGCGCCCCAGGCAGCCCCCAAUGGCAUCAGCGCCAGCAGCUCAGAAGACGCCAUCAAGAACAUUCUGGAACAGGCCCGCCGCGAGAUGCAAGCUCAGCAGCAGGCCUUCCUGGAGAUAGAAUCCGGCAGCCCCAACCAACCCGUCUCCACGCCCCCUGCAGAUCCCUCCCCUCUCUCCUCCUUCAGCCAGAACAUCGUCCGUGCCUACAUCAAGCAGGAGGAAGGGGGUGGGCUGGGCCCCAAUGCCAGCGGCGGCGGCAGCUGCGGUGCGACCCAGGCCCCUCUGGUGGCGCUCUCCCCUGCCGCCUUCGUGCAGAACAUCAUCCGUAAGGUCAAAUCUGAGAUUGGAGAUUCCGGCUCCUACUUCGACCAGCACUGGGCGUCCGACAGGAACCUCCUCAACCGGCCUUUCACCUCGGUGUCCCCCUCCCUCUCGUCUUCGUCGAGCUACUCCAGCAUGGCCAACGGGCGAGGGUGGCCGCGAGGUGAACCUGGGGACUCGGGCCCAAACGAGGAAGACUUGCCCACUUCGGAAGACGAACCCCAUCGGGCGCUCGAAGUCAAGUCCGAAGUGCCGGGUUCAGAAACCCAAGGGACUGGCCGCUUGUCUUACUACCCCUCCUACGUGCCAAGGACUCUCAAGCCCACCGUCCCCCCCUUGACCCCGGAACAGUACGAGAUGUACAUGUACAAGGAAGUGGACACCUUGGAACUCACACGGCAAGUCAAGGAGAAGUUGGCCAAGAACGGGAUCUGCCAACGCAUCUUUGGGGAGAAGGUCCUGGGGUUGUCACAAGGCAGCGUGAGCGACAUGUUGUCCAGGCCCAAACCGUGGAGCAAACUCACCCAGAAGGGACGGGAACCGUUUAUCCGGAUGCAGCUUUGGCUCUGCGACCAGCUGGGCCAAAACAUCAGCCAGCAGGCGGGCCUGCCUCAAGCCAGCCCUGGAGAGUCUCAGUCUUCUCCUUCCCCGCCAGCCAGCCCUUCUGAGCAAGAGAAAAGCCCACCGGAGUCCCUCAGCCUUGCCCUGGAAAGCAGCAAAGAGAACCAGCAGCCGGAAAGCAAAGCCGGCCCCUUGCUGACUGGCAAAAUGUGCCCCAACCACCAAAACUCCCUCGGCAUUCAGGAGAUUGUGGCCAUGUCCCCCGAGCUGGACACCUACAGCAUCACUAAGAAGGUCAAGGAGGUCUUAACCGACAACAACCUUGGUCAGCGCCUUUUCGGGGAGAGCAUCCUGGGCCUGACGCAGGGAUCAGUCUCAGAUCUCCUCUCCAGGCCCAAACCUUGGCACAAGCUGAGCCUCAAGGGGAGGGAGCCGUUCGUGCGCAUGCAGCUCUGGCUGAACGACCCUCACAACAUCAACAAGCUCCGGGACAUGAAAAAGCUGGAGAAGAAAGCGUACCUGAAACGCCGUUACGGACUGAUCAGUGCUGGCUCGGACAGCGAGUCCCCCAACCCUCGUUCCGAGUGCCCCAGUCCCAGCCUCCAGCUGCAAGACCUCAGCCUCCUGCAGAUCAAGAAGCCGAGGGUGGUCUUGGCUCCAGAGGAGAAGGAGACCCUGAAGAGGGCCUACCAGCUGGAACCAUACCCCUCCCAGCAGACGAUCGAGAUGCUCUCCUUCCAGCUCAACCUCAAGACUAACACGGUCAUUAACUGGUUCCACAAUUACAGGUCUCGGAUGCGCCGAGAGAUGCUGAUGGAAGGAAGCCAGGACGACACAGAUGCAGAACAGAGCGCUGGCCCUUUGCUCAAGGGGGCCCAGCCCCAGAGCCCCGACUCGGAAGGGGAGGAUGAGAAACCCACCUUCAGAAACGUCGAAUGCCAAGGAGAACGCAAAGCGCUGGUGGAAAUCAAGGAAGAGCAGCUGGAGGCGGGCGACAAAGACGACGGGGGCAGCAGUAGGGACUCCUGCAGUCCGGAAGGCGAGGUAGAGCCCGUAUCUGGGUCCAGCCCCAGGGGAGACCCCGGUUGUGUGAGCCCACAUGAAGCUCCCAGCCUCACCUGGGCCAGCACCCUACGGAGCAAGACACACCCGCCCGGGGCCCACAACUGUUCCAGUUUCCAUAACCCCGCGGAGACCGACUGCCGCGAGAGGUUGCCUUCGGACCCCGUUAGCUUUAAAUCCGCCUCCGAGUCCUCCCGUUGCAGCCUGGAAGUUUCUCUCACCUCGCCAUCCGCCGCCUCCUCGCCGGGAGUCCUGAUGUCCGUCUCUCCCGUCCCAUCCUCCUCAGCUCCCAUCUCCCCCUUGCCAGUGAACAACGCGGCCACCAAAGGGGCCACCGAUACGAGCGCCGUGCCACCCAGCGCAAAACUGACUACGAACAUCCAGCGCCGGAACGAGAAAAUGGCUAACCUCAACAGCAUAAUUCAUCGGCUGGAAAGAGCUGCCAACCGCGAGGAAACUUUGGAGUGGGAAUUUUGAAGGGCUAAACGGAAAGAAGGAAAUAAUCGGAACCGAAUACCUAAAUAACGUUGUCCGAGUUGUAAACUACGCGGAACACGUGGACAGAGCAGGGAGUCCUAGCAGAGUGUAUAGAGAAAAAAA